AUAACUGUGUUUUUUGGCAUUUGUAUUUAUUCUUAACUUAUUCCCUCUGACUUUAAUUUCAGUUUCUAUAUUCUCCGAGUAUAAAGUGUUUACAAUCAGAAGUUUACAAGGAAUUAGAGGAAAAUGGUUCAUUUCGAUUACCCACCCCAAGCUCUACAAGGAGAACUUCGUCGUAUAGCCAAUGACCUUAUGGCCCCCGGAAAGGGCAUAUUGGCCGCAGAUGAAUCCCUAGAUUUGAUGGAGAAACGGUUGAGGGACAUUGGAUUAAAGAAUGAUAUCGAAAACAGAAGACGGUACAGGCAAAUUUUGUUUACGGCCAAUAAAUCAUCAAUGGGAAAUUAUAUUUCCGGGGUUAUUAUGCUACCGGCUACAUUAUACGAAAAGGCAGACAAUGGUACACCAUUCAUAGAACUUCUUAAAGAAAGGGGAAUUUUACCAGGUGUAAAUGUGGACGGUGGUCUAGUCGAUUUGCCAUUUACUAACGGCGAAACAAUCACUCAAGGUUUAGACAAUUUAGGCCAACGGCUUGCCGAAUACAAAAAAGCAGGCUGUGCAUUUGCCAAGUGGCGAGGGGCAUAUCGAAUUAGCAAAACAACUCCGUCAGACUUAGCCAUAAUUGAAAACGCAAACGCUUUGGCCCGUUACGCGUCCCUUUGCCAGUCUAAUGGAUUGGUACCAAUUGUGGAACCGGACAUAUCAAGAGACGGUGACCACGACCUCGAAACCAACCAAAAAACAACCGAAGUGGUGUUGGCAGCCGUUUAUAAAGCCCUAAAUGACCACCAUGUGUUUUUAGAAGGGACCGUUCUAAAACCGAGCAUGGUUACCCCUGGGAAAGACCAUAAAACAUGGUACAGUCCCCAAGAUAUUGCAAAGGCGACAGUGUUAGCAGUAUCCAGGACUGUACCAGCAGCAGUUCCUGGUAUAGGGUUUCUUUCGGGGGGUCAAACUGACCAAGAGGCAACCGACAAUUUGAAUGCAAUUAACAAAUUCACGGGAGCUACAAAGCCUUGGCAUUUGACCUUCAUCUUUGGCCGUGCCCUUCAAACUCCUAUCUCUACUACUUGGAAAGGCAAAGAUGAAAAUGUAGUAGCUGCUCAAGAAGAAUUUCUGAAGCUUGCCAAGAGAAACAGUUUGGCCUCCUUGGGUAAAUAUAAUCGAUAGAGCAAAUAAUAAAUAUGCUACCUAUAUAGUCUACUAUUAUUGUCCCUACAAACACAAAUAAAAGUUUUACGUUCUCAAUUUCGAACAGGUUUACCUUUUUUUUUUUGUUAAUAAUGUACCAAACGCUCUUGCAGCACAUAAUUAAGUAAAAACCAAUAAAACGUUAAUAUUU